GCCGCAUUUCUUAACUUGCACUUUGGACGCGACCGUGCUCAUGGACAAGCAGCGAAACCAAGGCAUUUACCUCUUUGUCGACGAGACGCCGUCGGACAAUGGCACGCCAUACCGCGCCUCGCGCCGCGCUAGCUCGGGCCCGACGCCGUCGUCCGCGGGGUCCAAGGGCAGCCGUGGGCCGGCGCCGUACGACGUUGGCCUUCGCACCAACUUUACGACCAACAACCACCGCGUGCAUGACGCGAUGGGCCCGGGCACGCCGCCCCUCGAUACGCAGCUCAUCUACGAAGACCCGAUCAUGGAGGAGCCCAACAAGCAAAUGGCGCGCGGCGCUGGCGGCUUUGACCAGCGCACGAACGCGCCGCUCGUGAGUUCGAUUGCUGUCAUUAUCUGCUGCGCGGUCGGCGUCGGCGUUGGCAUUCUGCUCGCCUACCUCAAGACGCCAGAGGGGGUCAUGCAGUGGGUGCAGCUGCCCGGUGACCUCUUUGUGCGCGCGCUGCAGUGCCUCAUUGUCCCUGUGGUGUUUUGCACGAUGGCAGUCUCGGUCGCCGAAGUCGUCGUCCUCAAGCGCACGUCCGUGCUCUCGUGGCGGACAGCGGGCGUCUUCUUCCUAACGUCGUUCCUCGCGACGGUGCAAGGGAUGCUGGUCGCGUUCAUUUACAAGUUCCUCGUCGACGGGUCGAGCGCCGCCGAGACGGGCACCGACGGCUCGCACUUGCUCAACUUUACGCUCACGUGCGCCAACAAGGAGACGCUGCAUCAAUUUCCGGACGGGUCGGUCGCGUGCGCGUCGGCGGGGGCAGCCAACGGCACCAACUACUUUAUCGUCGAGGACAUCAACAAGGUGCUCUCGCUCAACUCGCAGUACGCGCAGCUCUCGCUCACCGACCAAGUGAUUGCGACCAUCAGCCUCAUGGUACCGGACAACAUCUUUGCCGCGCUCUCGGACGGCACGCUUCUGAGCAUCAUCGUCUUUGCGUUCGCUUUUGGGAUUGCAGUCGCCAAGUCGCACCUCGGCAACAGCGACGACAACCAUUUGCUCACGCUGCUUCGCCAAGUGCGAAACGCGCUCCUCAUGUUUCUCAACGCCGUCUUGCGCCUCACGCCGAUCGCAGUCGUGUCGCUCAUUGGCGGUGCCAUUGGCAGCUACGGUACGACCGCGACGACCUUUAUCUCGCGCGCCGGCUGGCUCGUCCUCGCCUUCUCCAGCGGCAUCUUUAGCCACGUGCUCAUUGUGAUGCCGCUCGUGCUCUUCCUCACGACGCGCAUUCAACCGUACACGUACAUUCGCCAGCUCGUGCCCGCGUACGUGUUUUCGUUUGGCAGUUCGUCGUCCAUGGCGUCGCUUCCUGUCGCUGUCACGGUCGUCCAGCAGACGCGCCAAGUGUCGCGCCAAGUCUCGCAGCUCGUCAUGUGCCUCGGGACCGCCGUUAACAAGAACGCCGCGGGCUUGUACUACCCGGUCAUGGCCGUCCACCUUGCGUGCGCGUCGGGCAAUUCGAGUUCGUUUGGCAUCACACAAAUGGUCGUCCUCUUCUUCGUGUCGCUCCUCGGCUCGAUGGGCACGGCGCCGGUGCCGAAUGCGGCGCUGGUCAUGCUCAUGACGGUCUGGAAGACGGCGACGUCGACGGCGUUUCCGCAGCAGGCGUUCACGACCGUCGUCGCCGUCGACUUUCUCGUCGACCGCAUGUGCACGACAACCAACGUCUACGGCAACAUGAUUGCGACGCGGAUCUUGGCCGCGCACUACGACGAGCCCAACGAGACGGGCGACGAACAUUGAUCGAAAUAGUACUUUGCGCCGUCUUUCUAUAUGUGUUACGUGGACAAUAUCGUGUGUUAACUUUAAAAAAAAAAAAACUUGACAUGA